CUACAGUAUAGUACAAUCAAUGUAUGGGAUCUGUAGACAAGCGAUACAUUGAUUUCAAGCUAUUGUGUUGUAUUGGAUGUCAACAAACAAAUGUUUAUAAAACGUCUGUAUUAUUGGCGAAAUACAAACCCAAAAGUCGCGGCUUUUAAGCGAUUCAUGUGUUUUGUGUAACCGUUGCUCAAGACAUCACAUCCCAGUGCUAUCGUUGUCGGUGUCAGUCUAUGUAACCAUUGCUUUACUUUUCCUUUACAUUGACCAACAAAUCCCAUAGUUUUUGUUGUGUUUGUAUCACUAUUGAAGACAACAAUGAGUUCCGUCGCCGUCGUUGACCAGAUUGACCACAACAUCAAUGAAUUGCCGUUCAAAUUGAGGUUCACAUCGACCCAGAAGUUGUGUAAAGAGAUCCAGAAGAUGAUCAAUGAUAGGUACGAUAUGUACGACAAACUGGUCGAUGAAUACGAACACAUCGGUCAACACAAACAGAUACUCGCUCACAUUAAGAUAGAUCUCGAGACAUGUCACGAAUCACUCAAACAAUUGAGAUCUUUAUGUCAGUGUCAGAGUGACGACGACAAGACAGCUCUCAAUAAACAGUUGACGGCAAGUGAAGAACAGAUCAGCAAAUUAUUGUUCAAAUGUAAUACCAUUCAAACGGUUAAAAUGGUUGACAUUGAUGUAAAACGUUUGCCAUCUAACUGGAGGGCAGCGAUGCUUAAGAUUGCCAGAGAUAAGGCAAAGAAAGCGUUCAAUGAGUCGAUGGCCGCUAUCUCUGAAAAUACCGACGGAUCGGAAACUACAGAUGAAAUCAAAGACAAUAUUAAUGAUAAUAAAGUGAUUGAAAUGGAUGAGAAUAUGAUUAGCUCCGAAGCAGAAGAGAUUAACCAUCAAUUUGAGAUUGAUUUGGAGCGCAAAAUAUAUGAAACACAAGUGGAUGAACUGAUGCAAAUGAUACAAGGAUUGGUUAUUAAAAUUAAGACUCAAAGAGCACGUAUUGAUAUUAGCAAACAGCUAAUCAAAGUGGUUCUCAAAUUAAAGCGCGAAUACGAAACAGCGAAUUCUAAGCUCAAGGAGUCAUUGGCCACCUGUCACUGUGCCGAAGCCGGUGCCGAUGAUGACCAGGAAUUUCAAAAAAGAAUUGAAGAAAAGAAACAAUUAGAGGAAAAGGUAGAAAAUGCUAGCAAUGACUUGAAAUAUUGGGAGGAACAGUAUGUCUUACUUAAGGAAAGUAAGACAAAGAGUAACGAGAAACCGGAGAUUAAAGAGGAAAAAAACGCCAACACUAACAACCAAAUGACCACUACUAUAGUUGUGGCUAAUGAGGAACAGGUUUCUGGUCACACUUAUGCAUCGACUUCGGGUCAAUCGUCGUGUAUGUAUGCCAGCGGACAGUCAACAACUAACACCACAUCCAUUCCUCAAGGAACGGCCAAUCCUGCGGUUAUAUAUUUUGAGAAUCUGGUUGCCCACCAACAACCCACAUACAUUCCAAAUACCAGUGCUAUGCAUACACCGCAUCCUAUAACAGUCUACCCGCACACAUAUACCAUUAGCCAAAAUCAACAUCAAGCUUACACACAUCAGGCGCCCGACGGCUCCAUACAAGUGUAUAGUACUGACAUUUCAUCUCAUCCAGGAUAUAUUGCCUAUCAAUAAACAAUUAAUUGAAUAUUAAUUAUUUUAAUAUGCUUGUAA